UGAUAUACUCUCGGACAUAGCUUGUCCGCCGACAGUCUCGCUCGGCAUAAUUCCAGGUGCGGCGCUUUUCGCUAAUAAUCACACAGAAACCUCACAAUGGGUUCCACCGGUACCAAACCCAAGGUCCUCCUACUUGGAUCCAUCGUCCACGCACACAAGACAUGGCAAUCGCUAUCCGAGAUCGCAGAACUAGUCACUCCCACCGCCACAAACCGCGCAGAGUUCCUGGAGGAAUGCCGCUCCGGCAAGCUGAACGGCGUCGUCGCCGCAUACAGAACCUUCGACUCCGUCACCAUCACCGGCUUCAUCGAUGAGGAACUCGUCAACGCACUCCCAAGCUCAGUCACGUUCCUAGCGCACUGCGGCGCAGGAUACGACCAAGUCGACGUCCACGCCUGCAGCGCCCGCAAUCCCCCCCUGCACGUCUCCAACGUCCCUACAGCCGUGGACGACGCCACAGCCGACGUGAACAUGUUCCUGAUCAUCGGGGCGCUGCGCAACUUCAACGCGGGCAUGCAGGCCCUCCGAGAAGGGAAAUGGCGCGGCCAACCCCUCCCUGCACUCGGCCAUGACCCCGAGGGCAAGGUCCUCGGGAUCCUGGGCAUGGGGGGAAUCGGGCGCAACCUGAAGAAGAAGGCCGAGGCGUUCGGCAUGCGGGUUAUCUACCACAAUCGCCGGCAGUUGACCGAAGAGCUGGCCGCCGGAGCGGAGUAUGUGACGUUUGAUGAGCUGCUGGCCAAGAGCGACGUGAUCAGUUUGAACUUGCCCCUGAAUAAACACACCCGCCAUAUCAUCAGCAAAGCCGAGUUCGGGAAGAUGAAGGACGGUGUCGUCAUCGUCAACACGGCACGAGGCGCAGUCAUGGACGAGGAGGCCCUCGUCCAGGCCCUCGAUAGCGGCAAGGUCUACUCUGCCGGCUUGGAUGUCUUCGAGGAGGAGCCCAAGGUUCACCCGGGCCUUAUCCGGAACCCCAAUGUUCUUCUCGUUCCGCACAUGGGCACAUGGACCGUCGAGACUCAAACGGCUAUGGAAGAGUGGGCUAUCGAAAAUGUGCGACUUGCGAUUGAAACAGGGAAGCUGAAGAGUCCCGUUCCCGAGCAAGCCGACCUUUGAAUGGGAGUAUCUCGAGAAUUUUGCACUAUGCCAACCAAAAUUUGGUGAAAUGUACUUAUUUCUCAUUAUUGAUAUGUACAUGAUUUUUGAUGAUAGAGUAGAUGAUUGGAUACACCUGUCACUGUGUGUUAAAAUGCACACGCCAAAUCGAUCGCUGUAAUUCUUCGAUCAACA